AUAGCUUAGGAGCAGCUUCUCAGGCUAAAACUAUCGAGGCUUACCAAGAGUUCUACGAUUUGGAGGUAAAAGAAGAUAUCUUUAACUCAAACGUAAGUCAAUGUGCAUAACUUACGCUUUCGCAGUGGAGGGAAGCACUUCAGCGUAACGUUAAAGUUCAACAAAUGCGAAGCCACUAAGCUCAAACAAGAGGUGAGCUCUAUCGUUCAUAUUUACGCCUUCAAUGUGAGCAAUCAAUAGCUUAGAUACGAAAUAGUGUAAAAUCUUUAAAACUUUAGGGCUGGAGUUGCUUUCUAAUUGGCAAUAGAAUGAUUAAGCUUGAUACGAUGAGCGUAAGGUAAACAACGUUAGUUCCAAGACUUCCAACAAUAGCACUGCGAAGGAUCCUAUAUUGAGUUUAUGUCAUAAAUUUAAAUGGGCACACAACGAUCGAAUUUAUUAGUUUCUUGGUGUUUCAGUGAGUGCAAACAGUCACUUUAUCAUUCAAAAUAUGUAUGAAAAACGUAUUCAAAAUCUGGGUCCUUGGAAUGAGUUAGCACUUGUUAGGCCGAGCGGACAUUCUUGAAGAUCUUUAUUGAUAGAUUAAAGCAAACAAUCCCAUGCACACGUGCAAGUUUACCACGCAAUAAAACAGGUUUUCUUUCAAGCAUUAAACUAAAUGAAGUUAAAAAGGCAUCUAUUUACAAAACAACGCUUGAAGAGCUCCGGCGAAUGCGUGGUAGUAUGUAAAAAUGGUGACAUUUAUGUGGCGCACACUUAUCUCGUACAUAUUUCUUCAUUGACGUUAUGAACAUGCAUAGUAAAUUGCUGCGCGCCAGCUUCCAACUAUGUAUUGUUCGCAUUUGAGUAGCCCGGGCGGGGGAGGGAGGGGGCACUCAAGAAAAUUUCAUACGGGGAAGUUCCACUCCGAGGUCCAACCACUUACCCUUUUUUUAUAAACUGACCAUUUUUUGACAGAAAAUAUACCUAAUAUGUAUACCUUCUACUAAGAAAUGGUACCCCUUUCACAUGCUUCCCUUUUAACUGCUGUAAAUUCACCGUCUUUUUAAUAUAAAUAAAUCACUAAACCAGGAAGUUUUCUCGUCUCUUAAUUUCACAUCCAUAAAAUGCGUUUGUCAGCCCUUUUUGGUCCUUUCACAGACCGAUUCACAAAUUUCUUAUUUCCCUACCUUUUCAUACACUUCAACCAAUGAAAUCCCUACCACUUCCUACAGCUGAAGCCAGAAGAAGGUAUACCUUUCAUAAAGGGUUCUUAUUUUUCAGAGGUUGUCAUAGUGUAACCAUUGGCAGAAAUAUUGUACCACGAAUACGUAAUGGCAAACAUUCAAGGUCCAAGAAGAAUAUCAAUACAUUUUUAUACUUUUUAAAUGAGAUGUUAAGAUUUUAAAUUGUCUGUAUUCCACGGUAGCUUCAUGGAAAACAUACUUCUAAUGAAAAUCCAAACAAAUGUAAAUCAAAGAAAACAUAUACACAAUAACCUUUCGUCAAAAGUUUCUCACACAAUGAAAGUCGACAAUUUUGACCAUCAUAAUUGGAGUUAUUGUUUUGCAUAAGAACCUAUUUUUCUUUGCCAGGCUUCACAGGUUUAUAUAUUUUUGGGUAUUUAAAUGCCAAAUUUCAACCUGUAGGUUCUUAAUUACUAGAUUCUUAUAUGCGGGUUUUUACUGUAUUUACGUCUUUAAAACGUAAACGAUUACCUCGUUAACACUCCGUAUAGUCCAGUUCCGAAUCAUUAAAAUUCAUACCUGGUUCCAAGGCUGAGGGGUACAAUAAAUACUAAUUAUUAACCGAGAGUGAGGUCAUUACAGGGAAAUCUCAGACCGAGUCAGAUGUAUUGACUGUACGAUAGCGACGGACUAGGUUAAUAAGUUAUUUUUUACAUAGCCUUUCAUGAUGGACCUGAGCCUUCGAUCAAUUAAAACAAACAACUGGCCAGCGGAUAACUUAAAAAAACACGUCACCUCAACGAGUUGUACACUUGAGUCCGCAAUACAGUCAGGUGCCACUUGUGAGCGGAUGCUCUUUUUGACAGCUGUCAAUUGACCAUAACAUGGAUGUCCAUUGGGAUGUCUACUAUAAAAUCAUUGUGACAACAAUUUAAAAUUCAAUGACAAUACUAAUAUCGGAACUAUGUCAUAAAAACGUUUUAAAGUUUUAAUUAGUCUGUUGUAUCACUGAAUUGUUCUCUACUCAGGUAUGGAAAUGCGAUGGAUUCGUGGUUUGUUUCUACUCUUAAGUAAGUUAUAUGAACAACUGCAAUUGAUGUAGUGUAGGUGAAAUACUCAAAGUCGCUUUUUUUGUUUUAUUUUGUUUGUUUCUUCGUUUUACUCAACUGAAUGAACGGGUUUAUCACUUGUACUAAAAGGGGCUAUGUCACAAGGAUGUUGCUGUUUUUGGUCAAUUAUGUGGUUACUGCCAAAUUUAGCAAAAGCAAAUUUUGACCAAAUUUCCAAAUUUCCUUUUGUGAAAUUUUGAAAAAGAAAUAGCAUUCUGUGAAAGUACAGACAGAGAGCUUUCAUUUGAGUGGCCACAACAUAGGAUUUUGACCGCUGACCCGAAAGUUACAUUCACCUUACAAAACUUCAUCAAGCUCUCUGGCAGUGAAAGGGUUAAGUCACAAAUAUUUUCCUGAGUUACAGAUAUAACAAAGAUAUCAAGCAAAUCUCAGCAGGCAGCAUUACCCAUCACAAUUUUUUGGGUGAUUUUUGCAGGCAUAGCGUUAAAAGAAAACUUCAAAAAGUGGGGCCAACAUUGUCUCAAUCCGUUUUCAUCCAUGGGGCAUCUUUGCCAUCCUUUGCAACAGACGACAGCAAACGGUUUCAAUGCUUAAAAAUAGUCUAAAAUAAGAAAGCUGGACCGUUCUAUUGAUGCGAGUUCAGGUAUUAGCAUUUAAAGGAUAGCAAACAGCGUGACAAACCCGUUUUAAAUAUAUAAUUUUAGCUGGGUUUUUUUUUUAUUGAAAACAGUAUCAUGAAAUGAUGUUUAUUGUCUUUUAAUUAACAGUCACAUGUACCUGGGUGUUGAUGACAUCUGCUGUGGUGUUAUCCUCAAGCACUAAGGCGAAUAGUGUCCUGGAUGUUUCAGUGAAUUCAAAUGUGGCAGGCCAAAAUACAGUCGCAGUACCUUCACUGUCUUCUGUCUCCAUGUCAUCCUUAAAAUUUUCUCUUUCAAGUACCUUGGCCAUAAGUAGUUCGUCACUCGUGGCACUGAGCUCUGGUAUGGCAAAAGAACUAAGCACACCCGCAUUGCCGUUGGUGUCGUCUAAGCUGGUGUUGUCAUUGGCUGUUGUGUCAAAAUCAGUUGCUCGUUCAAGCCGUCCAUCCAGAAGUGAAUCUUCACCUGUCGCAAUGAGUUCGAGCUGGGCUUUGGAGCAAGGUAUACGUACAUCCGUAUUGCCCUCAGUGUCUUCCUUCCUGUUUUCAUCCUUAGCUAUUUCUCCAAGCAGCUUACAACGAGGCUAUUUGUCAUCUGUCGUAGUGAGUACUUCUCUGGCAUUAGAUAAAAGGACAACUAAAACACCAUCACCGUCUUCCGUGUUGCUUGCAUCUUCAACAAUGGUUUCGCCAAGAUUAGGUACGUUAUUUUAAAAAUCUCAUUGUGAUACAACGAUUAUUAUAACAGUAUCGUAACCAGGCGGAGUAGAAAAUACGUACCCAAUCUGCAUCCAGAAUAAUUCAGCUUUUGCAACAAAUAAGGCUUUUUCUCUUUGACCUGUCUUGGCUAAAGAAAAACAAUUCCUUGCAGUUUUCUAAGUUUGAGGGAGACUUUCCUCGCCGAAAUCAUUGAUGUUCAAAAGUAUCUCCCGUCCUUUGCUUGAAUUCUUCCCACAUGGAUCAUGUAUCAUGGAUUCUACAUGGAUCUUAAUUUUUUAAGGUAAAGCAAACCGUUUCACUGGCUCUUUAAAAACCACUUUAACUAUUGUAGAUUAUUUUUCUAAAGUAGCUGUUGUUCACAUGGGCUUUCACAACGAAAAAGAGACAACCUGAACUUUUUUCACCGUCCUGACAAGGCCUUUCUUUAGCCAGAGUAAGCGCAGGCGUACAAGGCCAAGUCAUAGCCUGUGUAGCAAGCGUUUCUGUGCGGUUAAGGAGCAAAGAAAGAGAAACAAGAGUCAAAGACCACGCGAAAAAUGGCGCAAGUACUUUUUUUGGUUCUCGUUUAAUUUCUCGCGCGAUCAAAACUGAAACUCCCCUUCCACGGUCUCGUUUUGCUCCGAAACCAAACGGAAACGCUUGCUACGCAGGCUACCAAAGUCACGGAACGGACAAUUUUUGAAAACAUCGUAAGAAUGAAGUCAAUUCUUAGUUGGCUUGAUGAAAUUUUAAUCUCGAUUAAUGGUCAGCCCUAAGAUUUUCCAGAUAAAGAAAGAGCUUUGGGUGCAUCCCAAAAUUAUUUAGUCCUUCCGUCCCGCAUUCGGUUUUGUUCUUAUUCUUUCCACGUUAGCUAGAUUCUUUCUUGAAAGUGAGAUAAUUCUAAUUGUCCUCGAUAUUUACGGUCGGUCCAUUUAUAUUGCUUACAGUCUGUCCCAAUAUGGCAACCCUGAAGGAGACAUCAGGAGUUCUUACCAGUCCUUAUUAUCCAAGGCGUUAUCCUUUUAACGAGAAAUGCAGCUGGAAAAUUAUAGCAAGUAAAGGAGAACGCAUUGUGUUGGUCAUUAAAGACAUAUAUAUUCGGACCUGUGGUUCAUCUUGCACGUGUGAUUACCUGGAAAUACAAAAUGGCUCUUCCUCUGAUGGCAUCGCAGGCAGACGAAGAUGUAGAUACUGGAAAGACCGUGGGAUAGUAUACCAUUCGGCAAAAGACGUUCUGAGGGUGACGUUUGUUUCUAAUGGUACUACUUACAGGCGGUACCGUGGAUUUAAGGCAACCUACAUUAAAGUGAAAUAUAAUGCAACAACCACCGGUAAGUUAUUAGAAAUCGGCUUUGAACGCAUCAACACAUGUGCUGAACACCUUCACAAAUCAAGUUGAAGGUGCACGUGCAGGCGACCAGGUUGUCAAUUUUCAAGCAAGGAAUGUAAAAUAUUAUUGCCUUAUAUCAGGUCAUGGCAACCGUUGCAUGUAAAUACUUUACAGAGUAACACAACACAAACUAAAAUGUCGAUGAAAUGCCAACAAUUUUCAUUGGUAUGAUGUUUUUAAAAGUGUUUGGUAGCAAAAUCUCUUAUUUUUUUAUGUUUAUCUAUUGCAAUGCUUUCGACUGAGUUUUUUUUUGUGUUUUGUUUUGUUUUUUUUUUGGUUUACAGCCAGAUUACUCUUUAAUUUUGUACUAUAGAGCUAAAUCACAGUUUGUUUCCUCUUGUUGCAGCUUGUACCUCCGGCGAAUAUCUUAAUGGAUUUAGUGGAUUCUUUUCAACUCCAAAUUUUCCAAGUAACUUCCCUCAGUACAGCAGAUGUACCUGGAAUAUCACAGUUCCUAGCGGGUACAUCAUUAAACUUAGCUUCUUCUAUUUUCGAUUGGAGCCAAAUCAGUACAGUCCUUGCUAUUAUGAUGCUCCAGAAGCCCGUGUUACAGUCACAAAUGUUGCUUCAGAUGAUGGGUAUCAGCCGUUUAUGCUGUGCGGUCAGAAACUUCCUGAUCCAGUGUACUCAGUGGGGAAUUCCGUUCGAGUCAUAUUCACGUCUCUGAACAGUCAAUACCCAGGGUUUAAUGCAACUUACACGGCUAUCACGUAUAGUUCAGGUAGGUGGUAUACAUUAUUUAUAAGACAUCAAUGAUCGAGGUAAGAUAAAAAAAAAACGUUACCAACAACAUCUCGCUACAUAUGAGGUAAUCCAAGAAAGUCUUGAAUUCUGGAUUAAACGCUGUGAAUUCUGAUUCCAGGUACUGGAUUCCGGAUGUCAGUGGCAGUUAGAUUCCAAUCAUAAGUAGGAUUACGGAUUCUUCGAGUAGAAUCACAAAUUCCAAAUCCCAGGAUUCCGCAUUCCACAAGCAAAUUGUUUCACCGUUCGAGUAUCCCGAAUAGAUACCUUUCAUGGAGGGAAACAACAGCCAUAAACAGACAAACAAAAACAAUUACUUUUCAUGGAGCGAGGUCGAUCUCACAUUAUCAGGCAAUUUCGGUACUUUACAGGCCACCAAAAAAUUGAUUCUAAUCAGAAAAUAUUGACGUAUUACUGCUUGAAAAUGUAGAAGAGCAAAAGAUGAAUAACGAAGUGCCAAAGGGAACACGUUUGGGUCGGCAAAACUGAACAAGAUAUUGCAUUCAGGUAUACGUGUGUUUCAAGUUUGUCCUUACUUGUACGCAAGUCUGAUGCUCUCUAAAAUCAUCAGUUGCUACGUGGAGAUGACAAUUUUGUCAGCCAAAGAGAUCUCUUUCGCCAAUUUGAAGUUUUAAGGCUCAGAGUCAACAAAGAAAGAUCAAAUUACCGAAAAUACAGUGGCUUAAAGCCUUAAAAUGACCAAGAAAUACGGGAUAACAUAAACUCGUGCUAGAAACGUAUUGUAGUACUAUUCGUAAUCGAUGGCAAAAAGCGUAGAUGUUUUGCCAGUAAGAGGUAUAUUGUAUUUAAGUCCCCUUAUAAGUCAUACAUGACAACUAUAUCUAUCUUAGUAUUUCAUUAAAGCUGAUACACUAAGCCGUUUUCAGAUGGAUUCUGGGAUAUUGAGACGACAGUAAAAGAAGUGCCCUUAAAAAUAUUAAGAGGAGAAGUGGAAGAUCUGCUUUAUCAAGAUAUUAAGACUGAAUCCAUCAGGAAACUGAGUACUUUUAUUUUUCAGUGGACAAAAUCCUUGCACCAGAAAAAACUAAACAAUAUCCCAUUCUUUUUUACAUUUUUCAAGGGCUAUAGAUGUAAGUAUAUUUAGUUAUUUGUAAUAACACCAAAGAAAAUUUCUUAUGGGAGCCCAAGAAAACGAAUGUCAGAUUUCACAAAAUGACAUCUUACGCAUGAAAUUUUCAGCAUUUUACCUGUGUUUUCACAAUUUUUAUGAGAUUUGGCAUUUAUUUUCUCGGGUUCCCAUGAGAAAUAACAGAUAAUGAAUUAUAUCUAUAGCCCUUGAAAAAAUGUAAAAAAAAGAAUGAGGUAUUAUUUAAAUUAUCCUGAUACAAGGUUUUUGUCCACUGAAGUUUGAAAUUACUCAAUUUCCUGAUGGAUUCCGUCUUAAUGCUUCAAAAAAAAUGUUUGGAAUAUUUUUCAAAAUAUACUCCAAGAGAUCAAGAGAUAUGUGUAAUAUUCUUUUACAGUCUGUCCAAAUAAAAAUUGACAGCCUUGAAUGAGCUUUCAGGAGUCAUCAUCAGUCCUUUCUACCCCAGACAUUAUCCUACUAACCAAAGCGGCAGCUGGGAAAUCAAAGCAAGAAUUAGGGAGAGCGAAGUUUUUUUACAAUUAAAGACGUGGAUUUUUCUUUGUAAUGCAGUUGAGUAUGGUCAAAAUGGUAUGACGAGAACGCCAACAAAAAGAUUUCUUAAAAUUCACUUCGAACUCGCAUAUUAUGGGUUUAUUUCUUAUCCAUUUGGAACCAAUCGACAAAUAUGUUCAUACACUACCGUAGCUCCCUUCAAAAACUAUACCCGAUUCCAGACCAAAGUGGGCAAAUUCUGUAACCGUUUUCAGACCAAAACGGCGCAAAAACCAUACCCUUUGUGGCGCCAGAUACCUAUAUGGCUUGAGUAAGGGAUUCCCCCCCACCCGGGGGAUCAAUAAACCUAUUCUCGGGGGAGGUACCUUGUGGUUUUAAUGCUCGUUUACUGGAGAUUGAGUUUAACAGCAUCUUCACCAGGCGGAGUAACAAUCCCAAUUGCCCAAUUUCUUUCUACACGUAGAUAAUCUGCAUCUAGAAUAAUUUAAAUAAUCGCUUGCGGUUUCCCCAUUUUCCCUCAGCUCGUCAAUCUGUCUCGCUAACUUUGCUUUAUAUGGUGAAGAUCCUCUCUGGGUCAGGAUCAUAUCUUUUUAGAUUUCCAAUGCUUGCAGGUUCUUGAUCCUCAGAAAGCACGUUUUUUUUUUUUUAUAUAUAAAAACAUGUGUCUAACCUUCUAUGUAAACUUGUAGUUGAAAAUAAACAGCACAAACAGCUGAUCGAUAGCGCAAAGCCGGAUGAUAUACACCUUUCAAACAGUUCGUUCUUAUUACCAUUGACAUUUAUACGGCGGCAUUUUAACCAACUGUAGUUGAGCAACCGUCAAUUUUUCUAUCUUUUUUUCACUAAAGCCAGCACCGGGAAUGUCCCCUGGAGUAAGAUCGACUUGAUCGUCCUCCGUGUUAGUUAUUUUUAAUUUGCCGCAAGGGCCAUUUAUGCCCCACUUCCAUGCAACUUCUGUUUUUUUUUUUUUUUUCUGGAAUCGGAGUAUUACAGAAUUUCUUUGGUUUGGUGGGUUCCGGGCAUUUUCGCUGAAGAAAGCUCUCCGCCAAGAGCGAAACAUGUAUGGCGAACAGUUGAGUUUGCGGUUAAACUUCCUGAUAUAAGAAGAUCGCGACAGCAACGCGAUAGAUGCCGGCCUCUGGAAGGGCAAAAAAUUAUUUUUUGUGUGUCUGCCAAAUCACAGACAAACAUUCGAAUAAGUCGUGAAACUGGUCGUCAAGAGUAGUCCCAGUGGCUCUCUCUCCCGUUCUUGAAAACUGUCGCCGCCGUUUUUCCUGACUCAACUGACCGCCUCUGGGUCUCUGAGGAUACUUUUACCAAAGAAAUGAUAUAUACAUUUAGCCAGGGUAAAAGCGUAGCUCUAGCUAAUAAAUUUAUAAUUCAAAUCAAACUGGGGAGAUCCAUAUGACGUUUAAGGGUGGGGCUGGGUGACUUUAGGGAAAAAAUAAUUUCCAAACAGUGCAAGAAUGAAGCAACAACUAAAAUCUUACUUCGAGUUAAUAGUCUUAUUUGGCCUACACCUAGUAAAUAGAAAUCACCUUUGGUCACAGUAGAUUAGGCGUGGACAAUAACAAGCAAAAUCAUCUUUGUGCCCACUCAAAACCACCUAUAUAAUUUUAUGCUAUAAAGGCCGUAAAGGCACGAUAGUCCCCGGUGGCAGCCAAUUUACUCGUUAUAAUUUAUAGGUGUUAUCUCGCUGUCUAAAUGAAAGGCCGAAAUAAAAAAUCAGGCCGGAUUUUUUAUGUGUGUGGCUCGCUAUAAGUCUGGUAACGCGUAAACCAGUCUUUUUACACUAUCUUUCAGGUAAACACAACUAUCAGGCGUUGUUUGUUUUCAGACCUCGGACAGAAUUUAUGUCACAUUUUUCCCUAUUUUAAUUAUAAUUCUGCAGUUUUUUACAGAAUAAUCUUACAAGACAAAUUGCACUCAUUCAAUAUUCAGGACGAUCGAAGCACGCGCUUCCCUUGAACAACAAAUUAUAAAAAUAACAUCAUAAAAAGUAAUUUAUAUAGAGAAUUCACCAUUAGAUGGGACUGUUCAGUCAGGUCAAUUUGCCAUUAUGUAGUACGCAGGGUAAUAAUGGGCUUUGAGCAAAAACUUAUAUAUUUUAAUUCAGUUUACAAAAUCACCCUUCCGACCAGCCAAUUCUAAUUUUUUUCCAAGCGCCAAAACUUACAAUGCAAGCUGUCGAGUAUUUGAAUGAACGCUGGUAAUGAGGAAGACGUCUUCAGAAUCAUUUUCGUUUGCAUUUACUUCUAAAACGCCAUAUUAAUUUGAUAUACGCGGCAUUUUAAGUACUCCUGCAUGCGAUGUUCACGGACGACUGAAAAUAACAAUAAGCAAAGCGAUAAGAAAGAUCAGAUCGAUUCAUCGAUAUCUUGACAAACAAUCAAGACAAAAAAUAUUAUUCAACGAAACAUUUAAUAGGACUACAAUUUUUUAUUUACGAAGACGUGUAUUGAGAGUGAAGUGUCUCUGAAUAUCCUGAGUCACGAGUAAAACCUUGCAGAUUUAAGCCUUAAGUUUUAAGCCACCUUCGCCGUGUUUGCUAUCAUUCAAGGUGAACUCCAGGCAGGAACAUCUCUCAAGGCUUUCUUUUUACAAAAAAUAGGAUAACUAAUUUUUUUUCUCAGAACGUUUACUUUCUAGUCGCGGUCAGAAAAAGUCUAAAGACUUUUUAAGUUCUUUAAUAACUUACUAGGUCACUGAGAUAAAAUGUCUCAAAUCUUACAAAUGGGCGUAAAAUGACGGCAUAAACAUGAGACCAGAAAAAACAAAAAGACAACAACAACAAAAAAAAAACAUCAAAUGCAAUAUAAUUACUCAAGCUUACCGGUCGAGAUGCAGCUCGGAAACCGAUCAAGUAAUUAAGACUUUUCGCACAGUCCAACAAGGCGAAGUAAGCUUACAGUACUAAGAGUAGCUUAUUUUUGAAAACUAUGAUUUCCGAUUUCUUUUUGUCUAGCGGCGCAUUUCUCAGCCACAACUCGAUAACGAAGCCAGCCAAAAAUAACAAAAGAAUGUUGAAAGUGGCUGUAUUUCAUUUUGUAGAUCCAGUGCAAAAAGACAGGUAAAAAAAAUCACAAGAUGACACAAAACUCUGUCAGCUUCAGCUAUCCGAAAACAAGUCUCAGAUAGUGCAUAAAUUUUCCUCAUGAAUCUUCUUCGCCUGUUAGUUCUUGCUCUCUGCCUUUCCGCUUCUUCUCUUUCCCGUCCCUCUUCACUUACAAGCAAACAUGUAGAUUGAAUUAAAUCCGCUAUUGUUUGUUAAAAUAAAAAUUUUUUCAAAACAGUUUACUAGAAACUGAGCACUACGGUCACAAAUACUUAUGCUUAAAGUACUUGAAAAAAAGUUUCUAAUAGAGUAAACAGGUUUUUGAACGCGACGACUUUGCCACGCCAUUUCUUGCCCGAUUUCCCCCCAAGAAAAACGCGGGUUGCACAAAUACAUGGCACGAUUUAUAACAUACAGUCCAUUUAUAUUGCUGCAGUCUGUCCCAAGAUGGCAACCUUGAAUGAGACUUCAGGAAUUCUUACCAGUCCUUACUAUCCAAGGCUUUACCCUUCUAACGAAAAAUGCAGCUGGAAAAUUACAGCAAGCAAAGGAGAACGCAUUGUGUUGGUCAUUGAAGACAUUCAUAUUUGGGACUUUGGUUCAUCUUGUACGUGUGACUAUCUGCAAAUACAAAAUGGCUUAUCCUCUGAUGGCAUCUCAGGCAGGCGAAGAUGUAGAUCAGAUAAAGACAGUGGGAUAGUAUACCAUUCAGCAAAAGAUGUUCUGAGGGUGACGUUUGUUUCUUAUAGUGAUACUUACUGGCAGUACAGUGGAUUUAAGGCAACUUACAUUAAAGUGAAAUAUAAUGCAACAACCACCGGUAAGUUGUUAGAAAUCGGCUUUAAACGCAAAGUUAAAGGUUUAUGUGCAGGCGAUCAAUUUUCAAGCAAGUUACAUAAAAUAUUAUUGCCUUAUGACGAGCUUAUAGCAACUGAAACAUUCAAAUACUUUACGGGGUAAAACAACAAAUAACUAAGGGGCCGUCGACAUAUUCACUUUUCCCCCGCUUAACGUCAGCUGGACGUUUAGGUCAGACCCCCCCUCCCCCCCCCUCCUUAACGUCCACUUGAAAUUUUGCUGCCCCAAAAAUCACUGCAUUCCAGUACGAAUACUGACAUGCACUUUUUACGUGAAGAUGUCACCGAUUUACUGUUUUAAAACGUGGUAUAAACUUCAUACAUCGAAUUAUGCUUUGUCGUACCUGUUUUCUUGCAAAAUCUACAUAACUGCUUUUUCCUGUCAAUGCUUUUAAUUCCCUACUACACUGCAGUAUUCAGAGGAAUCGCUGGUACAAGACCGCCAAGUCGGCCGCCAUGUUAUUAAACAACAUACUAAACCUACUGGCCAGCGGCAUUCCAUUUUCUAAUUCACUUAUGUGUUACUCUUUCGUUACUCUGAAAGCACGUGCAACUUACCCUGUUCGGAACAACUGCAAAAGAUAAUAAACGUGCAGGGAACUUAAUAUACAAAGACCCAAAAUCAAAAUAUGAAAAGGUUAUAGACCGUUUUGUAAGGAGAAACAAAGGUCAAGCCUCGAGGGAAAGUGUUGUUCGAUCAGCACAAGAAAAAUGGAAAGAGCUUCGUAAAGAUUCAGCUGCAGUGGAAACCUAUAUAGCUGCAAAAGAAGGAGAAGAAGAAAUCCUCUCAUUGGAAGAAAGUCAGCUUAAGAGUUCUCACGAUGAAAAUCCAGAAAGGCUACAUAUUGGAACGUGGUUUAAGAAAGUUGAAAAAUCCAGUGUUGAAAAUUGGUCCUGCUUUCUCUUUAAUUAUGUCACGAGCGCCGUUCCACACGACGUAUAAUUUAUGAAAAUGCAUCAGUUUGCUUUUGUCCAAAAAUGCCCCGCACUAACGUCCACUGCCUUACUCCCUCCCCCCCUAAGCGUGCAGUUGACGUUAAGCGGGGGAAAAGUGAAUAUGUCGACAGCCCCUAGAAUGUCGGUGAAAUACCAACAAUUUUCAUUUUCAUGAUGUUAAAAGUGCUUGGUAGCAAAUCUCCUAUUAUUUAACUUUGUCUAUUGCAACGCUUCCGAUUGAGUUUUGUUGUUUUGUUUUGUUUUUUUCGGUUCACAGACAGGUUACUCUUUGAUUUUGUACUAUAAGGCUAAAUCAUAGUUUAUUUCCCCUUAUUGCAGCUUGUAUCUCUGGCGAAUAUCUAAAUGGCUUCAGUGGAUUCUUUUCAACUCCAAAAUUUCCGAGUAACUACCCUCAAUACAGCAGAUGUACCUGGAAUAUCACAGUUCCUAGUGGGUACAUCAUUAAACUUAGCUUCUUCUAUUUUCGAUUGGAGCCAAAUCAGUACAGUCCCUGCUAUUAUGAUGCUCCAGGAGCCCGUGUUACAGUCACAAAUGUUGCUUCAGAUGACGGGUAUCAACCGUUCAUGCUGUGCGGUCAGUCUCUUCCUUAUCCAGUGUACUCGGAAGGGAAUUCCGUUCAAGUCAUAUUCACGUCUCUCAACAGUCAAUACCCAGGGUUUAUUGCAGCUUACACGGCUAUCUCUUAUAGUUCAGGUACGUGA